AUGUUUAUAAGAACGAGAAUCAAGGUUCAUGAGCUGAGGGAGAAAUCAAAAUCGGAUCUUUCUGCUCAGUUGCAGCACUUCAAGGCGGAGAUCGCUCUUCUCCGCGUGGCCAAAAUCACUGGAGGUGCUCCUAACGAGCUCUCUAAGAUUAAGGUGGUGAGGAAGUCGAUAGUUCAGGUGUUGACAGUGAUCUCACAGAAGCAGAAGCUUGCUCUGAGAGAGGCGUACAAGAACAAGAAGUUUUUGCCUCUUGAUCUUCGUCCCAAGAAGACUAGAGCUAUCAGGAGGAGACUCACCAAGCAUCAGGCUUCGCUCUACACAGAGAGGGAGAAGUAGAAAGAUAUGUAUUUUCCAAUUAGAAAGUACGCUAUUAAGGUGUAACCUGUUCUUAUUAAUCACAUCUUCCUCAGUUGUUUUUUGAAUUAUGUCACACCUUUUAUUGUCUUGUUCCUUGUUAAGCAUUCCUUAAAAAGCAUCUUAGUGAAAGAUUAUUUUCCACAAAGAUUAUUAUAUUUAUUUUAAGAAAACUUUCAAAAAUGAUU